AUGACAGACAAAUUCGAUACACUUGCAGACUUGGACGAUAUUUCUGAACCCUCGGACUGGCCUCAGCCCGAAUAUCAAGAUUUCGACCGAGCAACCAGGUGCUCGAUCUGUAAAGACUUUUACAAUGCCCCAGUGAUCACAAAGUGUUCUCACACAUUUUGUUCGCUAUGUCUGCAACGGUACAUAACUAUCAAUUCUUCCUGUCCUACUUGUCGGGUAACAGUUGCGCUGUCAGAAACGCGAAAGAAUCACGCCGUUGAAGAUAUUUUUUGGUUAGAUGGUUAUCGUCUGGUAUUCGCGCCCGAAUUGACGCGUAUUUGGUCUUCGUUAUUAAGACUUGCGCGUAGCAGUGUGGGCGACGAAAAAGGGCGUACGGAUGCGCGUGAGAAUGAUAGCAAAACACAAGCAUUAACGGAUGACAGUAAGAUGAUUACGUCAAAUGGAUCAGUGCCCGACAGACGAAAUAAUGGCGAGGUGGAAACGGCGGUCGUAAGCGAGAGCCGUCCGAAUGUUGUAAAAAGAAAGAAACCAAAGCGUGUGUAUUCGAUCAUGAAAGACCAUAAAUUGCGCGAAUUAUUAAAGGAAGAGGGUUUGCCUACGUAUGGUGUUAGACAACAAUUAAUAAGACGACAUGCAGAAUACGUGAAUCUAUAUAAUGCAAAUGUGGAUUCAGCAGAGCCAAAGUCAGAGACAGAAUUGCGACAAAUAUUAAGGGAUUGGGAGCGAACCCAAAGAACAGAUCAAUUCAGGAAGGAUGCGUCAAGGAUCUGGCGGCAAAGUAUCGACUCACAGGAAUAUCAUUCCAAAUAUAGAGAUCAGUUCGCAAAAUUAAUUGAACAAGCACAAAAAAGUAGAAAUACAAGUAACGCUUCACCGAAAAUGUCUGAAUCUGACGAAAUAAUUUUUGAGGAUAUCACGGCUAAUCAGCAGGAAGGAGAGAAUGGCAAAUAA